AAAUGUGGUUUUCGUUGACCUUCAUUAGCAAUCGAGUCAGUCGAUAACACUUGUGACCUUGUUAGACGGUUAUUGGAGUUAAUUCGUAGUGUGCCAUGAUGGAGAUUAGUUUUCAUGGGAAAACGGCCCUUGUCACGGGGGCUAGUCAAGGUAUUGGCCGCGACAUUGUGAAACAAUUGGUGAAGGGAGGAGCUAAAGUGGUGGCCGUUGCCCGAAAAAAGGAACUAUUGGACACCCUCAAAGAGGAGGUUCCCUCAAUCGAGGUCAUCCCUUGCGACCUCUCCGACUGGCAAGCGACCCAAAACGCCCUCUCCCACCUCUCCCCCGACCUCCUCGUCAACAACGCUGGUCUCGCGAUCCUCAAACCCCUAACCCAGGUUACCGAAUCCGACAUUGACCAACUUUUCGCCAUCAAUGUCAAAGCCCUAAUCCAGGUUACCAAACUAGUAACCGAGAAGUUACUCCAAAGAAAAGCUCCAGGUUCAAUUGUCAACAUCUCGUCUCAAGCCUCAAUGGCGGGGCUUUUGGACCACACGGUCUACUGCAGUACCAAGGGGGCUGUUGAUGCGUUCACACGAGCCGCAGCCCUGGAACUCGGCCCCCACAAUAUCAGAGUUAACUGUGUGAACCCCACGGUUAUUAUGACAGCAAUGGGGAAGUUGGGUUGGUCUGACCCAAAAGUGGCCAAACCCAUGCUGGAAAAAAUACCAUUGAGGAGGUUUGGGGAGGUUCAAGAGGUCGUCGAUGCGGUUUUGUUUCUUUUGAGUGAUAAGGCGAGCAUGAUAACAGGGAGUUGCCUACCUGUAGAUGGCGGUUAUCUCGCUGUUUAAUAAAGAAAAAUAUUCAGUUGGGAAA